GUUUCGUCUCAUGGCACUUAGGCCGUUCCGCCGACGUCUCCGAGCUCCUCUCGUUUAACUCUCCAGGUAAUCCAUUUAUUUUGGAUUGAAAGAACAAUGGUACAGCUGAAAGAUUUUAUCGCUCAGAUAAUGUUCUUACUAUUUCCCUUCACAUGAAUCAUAGUUCCUGGGGUCCAUCACAUCCUUAGAGUGGCUCCAUUGAUGAAGUUGGUGAAGGCAAUACCUUUGCCCAAUGGAACAGGGGAUGAAGUAUAUGCAUAUGCAAUGAAAGAAUUGGUUGCUCUAGCUGUUCCAGUAUUCGAACCCAUGCUAAUUGUUUUGGUUGUCAAGAUUCUAGUGCAUCAUGCCAAAAUCAGAAUAUGGGCUAAAAGCUUCAGUCAUAAUGCUGAGUUACCUUCAAAAAGUUUGAUCCAAAUGGAAUGCAAUGCCAGACAAUGGAAAGUUAUAGGAAGAUUGGGCAAAUUGUAUGCAGAUUGGCUAGUAAAUAUACCAAUGGAUGCAUCCUAAUUGUUCAGGAAGGAGGGUAUCAUGUAACAUAAUCAGCUUAUUGUCUCCAUCCAACUUUAGAGGUGUUCUUAAACUUCCAGCUCCUCUACUGUCAGGCCCUAUUGCUUAUUACCCUGAGGACAA